AUGGGUGUUAAGAGUUUUAUUGAGGGUGUUAUCGCGUCCAUUGUUGCUGGGUGUCGCACUCAUUCGCUUGAUCUGAUCAAAGUUCGGAUGCAGCUUCAGGGCGAGCAAGUCUCUGUUUCUGUUAAUUCUCACAACAUUCAUAAUCUUCGUCCUGCUUUUGCCCUUCCCACACAGUCUCCUCCAGUGGAUGCUUCUUCCUUACUUGGCAUUGCAGCCUGUGGUUCCAAAGCCGGACCCCUAUCAAUUAGUGUGUACAUUCUUCACUUCGAGGGUGCUUCUGCUCUAUUUUCCGGUGUCUUAGCCACCAUGCUCCACCACACACUAUUCCACCACUCGUAUGGGUCUUUACGAUGUGCUCAAGGACAAAUGGAUCGCCCAGAUAAGAGGAACUUGCCUAUGGGUUUUGCAGUGUCAUGUGCUGCAUAUAAGGCAGCUAUGUAUCCACCUUAUUGGUUAACGGUGUUAAUGUCCAGAAGAUUUUAG